CUUGUCGCAGCAGCAGCUGCUGCUGCCUGCUUUCCCCCGGUCUACAAAGACCUCAGCUUUCCUACCUCCACUUCUUUCUUCCAAAGCCUUCGCCUUUUCCUCUCGUCUUCCCUCCCUCCCCCUCCAAAUCCCCCCCUACCCCUACUCUUUCUCUAGCUUUCUCUCCACAUUCUCCCUGCUCUGUGCACCUUGUAGUUUCGGUUGUGGAUCGCCGGAAAUGGCAAUCGACGAUGAAUCGCCGCUCAGAGUCAACACCAGAGGCGGCGCCAUGGGAGGAGGCGGGUGCGACGGGGCGGAGAACCAGCGGUGGCCGCCGUGGCUCAAGCCGCUGCUGGGGACGAGCUUCUUCGGUCAAUGCAAGGUGCACGCGGACGCGCACAAGAGCGAGUGCAACAUGUACUGCCUCGACUGCAUGAACGGCGCGCUCUGCUCCCAGUGCCUCGCCUACCACCGCGACCACCACGCCAUCCAGAUACGGAGGUCCUCCUACCAUGACGUGAUCCGGGUGUCUGAGAUUCAGAAGGUGCUGGACAUCACCGGCGUGCAGACGUACAUCAUCAACAGCGCGCGCGUGGUGUUCCUGAACGAGCGCCCGCAGCCGAGGCCCGGCAAGGGCGUCACCAACACCUGCGAGGUAUGCGAGCGCAGCCUCCUCGACACCUUCCGCUUCUGCUCCCUCGGCUGCAAGAUCGUCGGGACCUCCGGCGACUUCCGCAUCCGGAAGAAGCACGUCGUCGUUACGAAGAAGAAGAAGCAGGCCCAGCACCAGCACCAGCACAGGGGCGCGGCGGCGGCGUCGGAGUCGGAGGACGACUCGUCCACCAGCACCAGCGGCGGCAGCGACAAGAGCAGCGUGGUGCAGAGCUUCACCCCGUCGACCCCGCCGGCGACUGCCAACAGCUUCCGCACCGGGAAGCGGCGCAAGGGCGUGCCGCACCGGUCGCCGUUCGGCAACCUCAUGGUGGAGUUCUAGACCACCAAUACCAAAGGCGCGGCUCCGAUUCCACCAGAAACAGCGGUACACCACUGUAGCAUACGCACUUCUACAUACCAUCUAUAGGUGUUUGCCGGAUCGACCGGUCUACAUACAUAGCCAGCCAAAAGGAGCUAGUAGUAGCAAGCAAUAACCAAGGGUCCCACUGCACGCCCGCGCUUCUGGACGAGACGAGGAGGCCGGUGCAAUGCGGCACGUACGGGUACGGUUACUUCCAUAGCAGUUACAUAAUGCAAGUUCACACUGUGCUAGUAACAACGGUUUGGGUUUGGUGCCUCUGAAAGGAAACGAGGUAGUUGUAGCAGUUACUCUUGUCGUCAUCAGCCAGUCACUACUAAGUUUUGCAAGUUUUACCUAUAUAGGUGUUUUCCUAGUUUUACUUUUUACCGGCGGUGCUUGAUAUAAGUAGUAGAAAUGUACAUAUACAUAUAAUACUGUCACAGAUGGGGGGGAAUGGUGUAGGAGUGUAGCUUCCCAGUGUUCAUAUUCGUGUUUGCCUUUGUUGCCUGUAAUAAAAAGGAUAAGAAAAGAAUGCUGCUCCUGGAUGGCCUUCAAUGUCAAGGGUUUGUGUAGUA